AUGGCCCCCGCAACUGUCGCUGCGAAAGCCCUUCAGCAGAAUCGCCCUCGCCCCCGACCCGUUGUCCCUGUUAUCCCGCUGUCGUAUAUCCAAAAGCGUCAGCAGCAGCAGGCAGCCCGGGCUGGAUCUAGAGAGCAAGCUGCCGCCUCUCCUCCUGUCUUCCAGGAAUUCCGAUCUCUAUCACCCCCCGACAGCGAAAUUACGCCACUUAUUGCCAAUGGCUCAUCCGACGUACAGGUUUCUGAGAAGGCAGAGGCAGAGGAGGAGGUAGUUGAACCAGCAUCGCCAUCCGUAGCUACUACUCCUCUAUCUGUAGCCACUACACCGUUUGCACCGCUGGAGGAGGAACACAAUGCUGCUCCGAAGAACCAAAAGGUCACCGUCCAAGAAGGAACCCUUGGUAAGCAAGCACAAACUCAUGUGCGGCCUUGGUCUCGAACAUUAUUGACUCUCAAAACAGAAGAUGUGCGAGAGACAUCCACCUCGAUGUCACCUCCAUCCGAAGGUCAAUCCUCUGCGUCUCGGUCGACUUACCAUAUGCCUCCCGCAUUUGUCCCUGCGAACCAAAGCCAAACCAAUGGUAGCAACAUGGCCUCUUACAACCAGUUGUACUUAGAUGUGCAUUACCCAACACACCAUCUGCAGCCUAAUGGUGGAACUAUCAUGCUUGGUGGCUUUCCUGAGUCGGCGAGAUCUUCUCCAGCACCUCCUCAAUUCAACCCACAACAAUACCCCCAGAUGGCCGCUUCUGCUGAUGGCGGAUAUCGAUCUCAGUUCCCGACCAACGGUCAUGCUCAUACUAUAUCCAAUGGCUACCAUUCCAAUGGCACGCCUUCGGCUCCCCCAGGAUUCUUUCCACGUGAAGAUGGCCUCGUUGGUUUUCGUCGACCACCACCAUAUGGAAUGUCAGAUGGUUUCUCCUCUUCUACAGCUCCCAUAGGUGACCAGCAGCGUAUGAGCCAAGAUCCGUCGACUCCGCACAGCUUUCAUGGAUCUCAAUCGUCGGCUGCCAAUGAACAAGAUAGUGGUCCGGCCUUCUACAGUCAAUACCCCACCGCGGUCAUCUCAAACGGUAGCAAUGGUCACAUUGAAGAUGUUCGCCUCCUGCAGAAUGCACGACCAAAGUUCAUCCCUCCACCUGUUGCCCCGUUUGGUACCUACUUCCCUGAUCAGCUUGAUUCAUGGCACUAUUACCUGCAAUCUCAAUUCAGCAGACCUGAAUUCGCGAACUACAUAUUUGAGCUUCGCUACUCCGAUAACCGUGCUCCACCACUACGCAUUCCUGGACAUGGCAUUCUCUUCGCCCAAAGUGGUGUGCUGCGGACUCUUAUGCAGGCUUGUGAAGGUCACGAUGGUCAGGCACUCCCAACACUUCUGGUCGAGUCUGAAGAUCGCUUCCUGCGUUCAGACGCUCUCUGGUUGGCACUUCAACGACUCUACGGAGCACCACUUCUGGAGAACGGCCCCAGCAGAGCUUACCCCUGUUCUCCUUUUGAGAACCCACCGGCUGAUCCAUUUGGAUUUGCUCUCGGUUAUGCAGCAGCUGGUAAUCUUCUCGGUAUGCUAAACAUCUGCAACCGUGGAAUGGAAGUUGCCGCUCAAUUGCUCAGCUGGCACACCAUUGAGAGGGCAAUCGAUCUUGCAAUCGAUGGUGGCCUCCACCCUCACUUCACAGCCGGGACCGGGACUCCUUAUUCUCAGCACUCUGUGCCCACCUAUGGCUCUGGUGUCAUUUCCUUCCUUCACCACAUCUUGCAUUUCAUCGUCUCAAACUUCCCUGCUGGAUUCGCUUUGGACACUUCCGUUGGAGAGCUAGCAAACCAUCGCCGACUCCCACUCGUUCCUCAAGCUGGCCAAAACUCUCGCCUUAGCUCUAUCAAGUUUGGAGAUCACCCAUCCGAAGAGCAUUUUCGGUCUAAUCCCGAGAACCCUACCACUGCCACGCUCUCUAGGCUUCUGAUCAAUCUUCCAUACGACCUCAUCAAAUGUGUGCUUGAAUCCCCGAAUUUGGGCAACGUUCAAGGUUGGGCCACCACUACUCUCCGACAAGAAGUCAUGAAGGCCGUCGUCGGUGAACGUGAGAAGCGUCGCAUCAAGGCUCUCGAGUCCCCACAUGUUUCCAACGAGGAGCGGAAGUGCAAUGGUAAGGAGUGGGAGAUCGUUGGCUGGAUGGAGAAAGUCGAUCAGGUCUCGAAGGUACCCGGCAAGGAUCCUGUUCCCACGAUCACCAAAAGCUGGGUCGAUUUCACGCUGCUCAACCAAGACUGA